AUGGACGAUAAUUGUGCGCUUUCGCCGUGCGGCUCGCAACAUCGAGACAAUGUGUCCUUCCAUGGUAGCAUCAUGUCACCAAUCGUGACGGACCAAACGAAUCCCUUUGAUCCCACCUAUGAUUCAGUUGAUGGGACCAAAUUAUCCACAAAUCCGAAAUGCUUUGGGCAAAUCCAGGAUCAAAUUUACCUAAUAUCUGAAAGAGGUCACAAGGUCUACGAUUUGGUUUCGUUCAAAACCCCUGAAAAAAGUGUUGAAUUGUUCGUCGAGAUCCGCGUUCAUGUCUGGUUUUUCGAGCGCAUCGCAACCCCUCGUUCCUCAUCGCGUUGUCCUCUCGCCCAUCCGAAAAUGGCAACAGUAGCGACGACGACAGCAGCAGUUCGAUGCGACCUCGAUCGUGAUCGACGCCGGCAUGUGCAUGAGUUUUCUGAGUGCCAUCUUCGUGAUGUACUUCUCCUGCGUUUCUUACUGAGAGUGCUUACAGUUUGGUUGGUAAUUUAUUCUGAAGGUUUCAAAAACUGCUAUUCGAAUCUGUUCUGCUCCGUCACUGAAAAUAAUUCGAAAUUACUCGAUUUCCCAACUCGUUUCCUGCCUAUUAAUGUUUGA